AUGGAUCAGUUGAAGGGGGAUUUGGCUGCUACAGCCAAUUUUCUCCAGUCCAUGACUGCACUCCCGAACUACGACAGUGUUAGAGAGGUGCAAGCAAAAGCCCUUUGCCAGCGAGUGAAGAACCUUGCCUCCGUGGAUGCAAAUGGAGCCUCAGCCCUGCUGGCUGCAUGGACUGCAGGAAAGCAAUGGACUUCUCAACAAACAAAGGAGUUCAGUGAUCUCUUGGCUGGAGCAGUAGCUAGAACCAACACCGGGACAGGUCAGGGUGGCAAGAGAGCUACUCAGAAAGUUGAUGCUUUCGAACCUUACCUGUCCGUCAAAGAUAUCCAGGCUUUGGAAGCUGGUGACAACAUCCACGUGAAGUUGGAUGUCUUUGCAUGCCGGUGCAUCAAGCUGAGGCUCACCUGCCCAUCUGAGGCUUGCUGCAAAGCGAUCUUGGCAGCUGGCUUGGCCAGGGCAGGCGGUGAUGUGGGGGCGGUUGACAGCUAUGCCAACAAGCAGUUGUUCAAGAAAAUGCUGAAAAGCAAAGCCAAAGGCUUGCCCAAGAAUGGCUUUCACCUCGAGCAUUAUCCAGCAUCGCCAGACAAUCUGCCCCCUGAGCUCGCCGAUGCAUACUCUCAAGAGGAUCCUGCAUGCACUGUGCAGAUGCAAUCUCCCGACAGGGUGCAGGCAGCAUCAUCUGCAGUCGUGUUGAGAGGGAGCUCGAAGAAGCUUCGUGGUGGAAACAUGAUGGGUGCCGGUGGCAUGCAGAGCUGGCCUGCAAGUGGCAACAACAACCCCAUGAACAUGCAAUUCAACAUGGGCCUGCAAGGAAUGCAGCCCGGGAUGACGAUGAUGGGUAUGAUGAACACCAUGAACAACAUGAUGCAGAGGCUCAUGCAGGACCAGAAUAGGCAGCAGCAGGACCCGAUCCCGAACAUGCAGUACUUCGCACCCGGUGGAGGUCAAGCGGGGGCAACCACCAUGGGCCAGGGGCCUGCAGCAGGAACCCAGGCGGCAACGAAUGCAUCAGCUGGUGUCUCGCCGGCAGUGCAGUUGGAGAUGAGUGAUCCUGAAAACGACGAGGCCGACGAGGCAGAAGUGUUGAGGCAGGCUGGGCUCGUUGCAGAUGCAGUCAACAAGAAGAAGGGGAUUCUUAAGAAGCCUGCAGGCUUGCCCAAGGCAAAGGCAAAGGGCAAAGCCCAUGCCAAAGCAAAGGCAGCCAGUAAGGCCAGUGCCAAGGCCAGUGCCAAGGCCAGUGCAAAGGCCGUUGCAAAGGCCAGUGCAAAGGCCAGUGCAAAGGCCAGUGCAAAGGCCAAAGCCGCCCCGGCCGGUAGCAGAGAAUACUAUGCCAAUCUUUCCAUGAAGAAAAGGGUGAGCCUUCGCCCGAAUGGCAUCAAAAGGGCACGGGAUUCCGAGCUGGAGGCAGAGACUCCUCAUGGCCCUUUGGUGGCCAAGAUUACAGUACCUGUGGAGGUGAAGAGCCGAAAGGCAGCUGGAGACGAGGAGGUGAAGAUCGUGCCGACAGAGCUGCCGAUCCUCAACCUGAUGGCAUGGAUAUGGCAUGUUUGCCAGUCCAUGCCUGGUGUAGCUGCCUUUUUCCAAAGGCAGCUAUCGAAGUACCCGUGCACAGCAACCAGCCCAUGGCGAAUGGCUUUAUACAAUGAUGAGAUUAGUCCUGGCAACCAGCUAAAAGCCAGCAACACCAGGAAGAUCCAAGGGUACUACCUCAGUUUUCUCGAGUUUGAUGCUGAAGGCCGAUGCCAAGAAAACCUUUGGUUUCCUUUGAACUUGACUCGGUCUUCGGUGGUCAACAAGAUCCAAGGCGGGCUGUCUGCACUCACCCACAUUCUGGUCUCCUCGGAAUCGUUCCUGAACCUCCAGUCGGGCUGUUUGCUGAACAUGCCAACCGGGGAACGGGUCAUGUUCUUCGCGAAACUGCAUACUGUAGUUGCAGACGAGGCAGCUUUGAAGUCUAUGUACGACUUCAAGGGCUCCAGUGGGACUUUGGUUUGCCCGCUAUGUGCCAACAUAACAAGCAAGACCCACGGUGAUCUGCCAGCAAAUGACCACUCGGGAGAAUUGCAUGACAUAUCAUGCAUCGACAGCAAUCUGUUUGUCCGCAGAACCGACAAUCAGAUCUUCACUGCACAGGCACUGCUGGCGAGAAGGCAACCCAUGCUGAGCAAAAAGGAUUUUGCCUUGCUGGAGUCCAGCAUGGGGUUGAACUUUAACCCAUCUGGAGUGCUUGCUCACAAAAGCAUGCCGCUUGUGAAAUGCUUGAUGUGGGAUUGGAUGCAUUGUUAUGUGGUAAGCGGCCUCCUGCACGUGGAAGCGAGCUUACUCUUGCCACUCUUGCAUGUGCAGGGUGCAACAUUUCAGGUGAUCCAGAGCUUUAUCUCAGAGUACGAAUGGCCUCACAACCUGAAGAACCGGAGAAGAGAAAUCUUGCAUUUGUUCGACAAAAGGAGCAAACCUUCUGAGUUCAAGGCCGGGGCUUCGCAGUGCAUCACUGUCUAUCCCUUGCUGCGGCUUUUCUUGCUGACUCAUCACUUUGACACAAUGGACGACGAACUUCGGCGAUGCAUCAGAUCCUUUAUGAAGAUUUGUAUGGUUCUCGACCUCCUGCUUGAAUGCAAUCGGACUGGGAACCUGUCGGCGGACGAGCUCGAGAAUGCGAUUCGGGCCCAUAGCCAAGCUUUCCUUAAAGCAUAUGGAGAGCAGCACUGUAUACCGAAGUUCCACUACAGCCUCCAUCUUCCCCUGAUGGCUCGAGACAGGCCUCUCAUUUCGUGCUUUACACACGAACGAAAGCAUCGGCAGGUGAAGCAGUUUGCUGACAACACGAAGAAAGUGACCGAUUGGUUCGAAGCUUCACUCUUUAAAGAUGUUUUGGGCAGGGCCCUUCUGGAUCUGUCUGAGCAUGCUGGCUUCAUGCGGCCCCAUUUGAAAUCCCCCAAGUCUGUCACUGAUGGCGCUUUGCUGUGGCACCUGGGGCAGACAUUCGGGUUUCAGACUCUUGAGCAUGUGCAGUCGGCCAUGCUGGCCGAGGUCUGCCCAGGACAGACUUGCGAGAGGGGUGACCUGGUGCUGCUUAAGACGGGGUCCGUUGCAGAGGUGUGGUUGUUUUGCCGGUUGCAGCAUGGCGAGCUCCUGGCUCUGUUGAGUGUGCUUGAGCCACAAGGGAAGAAUCUCUUCCGGGUCAAGCAGGACGGAGCCCAGUUCAUGCGAGUGGCCGAGAUCAGUCGAACCUGCCUCUUCAAACGCAUGAGUGCAGACAGCAUGCUGGUCGUGCCAUAA